ACGUCGGCUGCGUAAAGUAGGAGGGACAAACUACCUCACACGCUUGAGGUCUGUCAUAUAACCAGCUCGCCUUCUACGUCUCCGCUCCGAGAUGAAAAAAAAAGUCGGCGAUAGGCGUAAUCGAGCCUGCCGACUCUAAACGCCGGCUGCCAAGAGCAUUGCAUUAGCUAAUCGUGAACUUUCCGGAGAGCUAGCUGAUCUGGGUGGGGUGCCUAAAGGGAAAGAUCGCUCCCCUCGUCUAAGUUUAGUGGCCAGGCUGGAGCGUAGCAUUAUUUGAGUCUGUAGAUUGUUGGGCUAACUGUUUUUUUGCAGUAACAGAAAGGAGAGAUGGGGAACAGAGUCGCCCGCGAUGAUUACGAAUGGGUCUACACAGACCAGCCGCACGCUGACAGGAGGAAAGAAAUUUUGGCAAAGUACCCCGAGAUCAAAUCUCUGAUGAGCCCUGAUCACCGGCUGAAGUGGAUUGUCUGCAUGAUGGUGGCCGUCCAGUUUCUGGCUUUUUACCUAGUGAAGGAUUUGGACUGGAAGUGGGUUCUGUUUUGGACAUAUGUCUUUGGCAGCUGUCUCAACCACUCCAUGACGCUGGCCAUCCAUGAGAUAUCACACAACACGGCCUUCGGCAACAACAAGGCCAUGUGGAACCGCUGGUUCGCCAUCUUUGCCAACCUGCCCAUUGGCCUGCCUUACUCGGCCUCUUUCAAGCGGUACCACCUGGACCACCACCGCUACCUGGGCGGCGAUGGGGUGGACGUGGACAUCCCCACCGACUUCGAGGGCUGGUUCUUCUGCACGCGCUUCCGUAAGUUCGUCUGGAUCAUCCUGCAGCCGCUCUUCUAUGCCGUGCGGCCGCUCUGCAUCAACCCGAAGCCCAUCAGCCGGCUGGAGCUCAUCAACGUGGCCGUGCAGUUUACGUUCAACGCCGCCCUCUACUGGCUGUGGGGCGCCAAGCCGGUAGUGUACAUGCUGGCCGGGUCCAUGCUGGGCAUGGGCCUGCACCCCAUCUCGGGCCACUUCAUUGCCGAGCAUUACAUGUUCCUGAAGGGCCACGAAACGUACUCCUACUACGGCUCCCUCAACCUCCUGACCUUCAACGUGGGCUAUCACAACGAGCACCACGACUUCCCCAGCAUCCCAGGGCGCCGGCUCCCUCUGGUCAAGAAAAUUGCAGCGGAGUACUACGACGAUCUGCCUCAGUACACGUCAUGGGUCAAGGUCCUGUACGACUUCAUCAUGGACGACCAGCUGAGCCCGUACUCGCGCGUCAAGAGAAAGCUCAAGGGGGAGGUCAAGCAAGAGUGAGCCCCCUGCCUCCCCGUCACUCUCUCUCUUUCUCUCAUUCCGACAGAACCACACAGACAGCCCCGAAACCAUCCCCAAAACACCGUCUCUGCUUCUGCAUCUAUUAAUAUACUGUACACAGGUACAGAAACCACUGUGUGCAAUGUGUAUCCAUGCGCAUAGUUUUUUUUUUUUUUUUUUUUGUCCCCCCCCCCCACCCCCGUUCUUCCCCCCCUUCAAAGCAAGAACAACUAUCAGUGUGUCCAAUUUGGAACUAUCCACGGCUGAGUUGACGCCCGCGUUCCUCCUCGUAAGAACUGCACACACAGCUCACUGACUCGUGCAUUGAGGGGGUGGAGGAGGUCGCACUCCACUUGUAGGUCUUGAUACCAUUACAGGCUGAUUGGAAUGCAACCGAAUCCGAAGGUAUUAGUUUUACUUAAAGUGGCCUUACAGCUUGUUACGGUCACUUGACUUCAACCAGUAACAUGGCCAACAGAGCACGAGAGACUGUUUUACUGUAAGCAUACUGUACAUGUAGCUUUAUUCCAUAGGAAAUAAGAAGCACACCUGAUAUCAUCACUGUAGUUGUGUAGAAUACAAAAAAUACACAAUGCUGCUUAGAACAGGGAGUUGUUCAUUUUAUGCUGAAUCUGUUGAAGCAUUUUGUUCAUGUUUGGUCUUACUUAACAAUAUAAAGUAGAAUACAACCUUGGAUUAGUC